AUGUUGCCGAAGCUUAGCAUAUGCGAUGGACACAUCGUCGACGAGUCCGGCGAAUACGUACACUUGCGAGGCGUGUCGUUCAGCGGUCAUUCCAAACUGCCAUCAAGACCAGACCUGCCAAGUCACUCACGCGACCUCGAGGCCGUGUUUGAUCACAGGAACGUCUCCUUCGUCGGCAGACCGUGUCCUCUCAGCGAAGCGCACGAGCAUCUGGCACGUUUGCAGCAUUGGGGCUUCAAUCUCAUCAGACUUGUCGUCACAUGGGAGGCAUUGGAACAUCAGGGGCCGGGUAUAUACGACCGAGAGUACAUCGAUUACCUCGUCGAGCUCGUCGCGCUCUUUCCUCGCUAUGGCAUCUACUGUCUCGUCGACGCCCAUCAGGAUGUCUGGUCUAGAUUGACCGGCGGCUCCGGCGCACCGGGAUGGACUCUCGAGCUAUGCGGCUUCGAUACCCGUCAGCUCACUGCUACCCUCGCGCACCACUUGCACAAUUCUGCACACCUUGCGCCCGGGCAACCCCCCUCGAACGUCUGGCCUGCAGGUUAUCAGCGCUUGGCGCCCGCGACUUGUGCGACGCUUUUCUGGGCUGGCGAUCAGCUAGCGCCCAAGCUAUUGGUCAAUACGAGCGAGCAUGCCAACGGCGAGCAGCUCUUUGCCGGUCGGAGUACCGUCGGCAUUGGCACAUUCCUGCAAGUAUCGCUCAUCGAGGCCUUCGCUCAAUUGCUGCACCGUCUGAGCGCAUGCUCGUCCGUCAUCGGCUUUGAGCCCAUGAAUGAACCCCACCGAGGCUAUAUCUCACUCCACGAUCCGUUCAGCUGGAACCACAUGACUGAUCUCGCAUAUCACCUCUUUCCCACGCCACUACAGACGUGGGCACUGGGCGAAGGUUAUGCUCAGGAUGUGCCCUUUUAUGAGGCAUCCUUUCCGGAGCCCACUGCAUUAUCUCACUAUGCUCAUGUCGAUCCAAAGGGCAAGCGCGCGUGGUCGAGUGAGUGUAUCUGGCGUCAGCACGGCGUCUGGGAAUGGAACACGGGCACCCAACAGCCAGUAUGUCUUCGCAAGGACUAUUUUGAGCGGGACCCGCAAACGCACAAAGUCAUCGAAUGGUACAGUCAAUGCUGGUGGCCUUUUCUGCGUCGCUUUUCAGUACGUAUGCAAAAGAUACAGUCUGGCUGGCUAUGUUUUGCCGCCGGUAUACCCAACGAAUUCAGUCCCACUUGGCCACAGGCGGAACGGCCGAAGAACCUCGUCUACGCCCCACACUGGUACGAUCUCCAUUCGCUCUUCGGCAAGGCCCAUGGCAAUUUUACUGUCGACGUACAAUCGCUAUCGCGAGGUGGCAACGUCUUCACUUCAAUCUUCUUCGGUGCAAGGGGAGCCAAAGCCAACUACGCCCGACAGAUGAAGAGAAUAGCAAACAAUGCUGCCAGAGCGGUCAGGGGCGCUCCUGUGCUCAUCGGCGAAUGCGGCAUACCCAUGGACCAGAACAGUAAGCAAGCGUUCAAGACGGGCAAUUGGCGUUCGCAAGUCCGGCAGCUCGACGCGCUCAUGAGCGCUAUGGAAGCCAGUGCGCUGCAUUGUGUGCUCUGGAAUUACAACCCGCUCAAUACGAAUGAACAUGGCGAUGCAUGGAAUGCCGAAGACUUUUCGAUCUAUUCGCUGUCUGAAGAACAACUGCGCACGCAGAGGGACGCUAUUGACCAAGGCGCGCGCGCUCUGCUCGCCUUCAAACGACCUGCUCUGGUCAGCAGCAAUCGACAGCAAAUCCGAUCAGAGUACGACAUUUACAGUCGCACGCUCGUUCUGCUCUUUGCAAGGUCCAACGAUUCUACCCUGCACGCCAGCAUAUACUGUCCCCAUCGGCUGUAUCAGAACGGAAAGCUGUCAAUCCGAGCCAUCGAUGUUCGAGGAACGCCGUUAGCAUUCGAGGCGACUUAUGACACUCAAAAGCAACAUCUGCAUAUCGCACUCUUUUGCAGCACGCAAUGCGGUCUCGAGAUCGAAGCGAAUCAGCUUCAAGCUAUCGAGAGGCCCAGCAAUAUCGAUCUCGCGUUCGUACCCAUCAAGCCGAUUAGCGCAUGCCUCGCUCUUCUCAUCGCACUCGUAGGUAUGUAUGUCUAUCGCAGAUGA